AUGAAACGGCAGAGGCUUGGAGCAACGAAGCGCCUCUCCUGCCCACUACCCUCGGCGGCCUCCGUGCGCACUGUGCCCUCGCUCGCUCCCUCGCCGUCGCCGCUCGCUCCCGCCCGCUCGCCGCACAGAGACAGGCUCGACAUGACGCCCACCAAAGCCCACCUGCUGGCCGCCGCCCUCCUUCUGGCCCUCGCCCUCGCCAGCCCCGCGCCUCAGGAUAAGCCCCUGGAGGCCGCGCCCGAUCACCCGCAGCACCCUGUCCACCUGCAGAAGAGAGCAGCGCCCCAAGACCCCAGUCCGGAGGACCUGGCGGCCCUCAAGGACCUGCUCGUCGCCCAGGUGGCAGCCGAACUGCGAAGAUCUUGGCAGGAGCUCCCCGCUCUGAGGAGGACCCUGGUGGACGAGGACGGGCUGGAGGAGGAGCAGGGAGCAGAGAGCAAGAAGAAGAGGAUGUUCGCCCCUCUCUCCGGCCUCCCCGGCGAGCUGCCCACCAUCAAGAGGCAGAUCCGCUACCACCAGUGCUACUUCAACCCCAUCUCUUGUUUCAGGCGGAAGUAAACAAGACGCCAAAAUGUGACAUGGCGACGACGCCUCCAGCCUGGCGCCGCCGCCCUUAAUGUAGACGCAGAUAAUGAAGAUGCAUUCAGGACAGCGAUCCUGUUCACAUUUCAGUCCUCCUCCUCCGCCCUUCCCAGCGUCUCCUUCAGCGAGCCUCAACAACCUCCUUGAGCCAACUUCCCGCGGUGGGCGGGAAGGCGAAGCUCCUACAGGCAC